UAUCAUCAGCAAAAAUUAUCCUGAUGCACGUGACCGGAACAGAAAUACACUAACCAAGAGUAAGAAGAAAUCUCUUAAUAAAAGCACCGAGAUUUAUAACUGUCAAAAAUCAAUGAACUUCUUGGAAUCCUGUACGUCUACAAAUUAGAUAAAUGGAAAACCAAAAAAUGAUUUUAUGUUCUGAAUGUGGGAAAUAUUUUAGGUCGAACUCUUAUCUUGUUAUACAUCAGAGAACUCACACAGGAGAGAAACCUUUUUCAUGUAGUGAAUGUGAAAAAUGUUUUAUCUCGCGCUCACAUCUUGUUAUACAUCAGAGAAUGCACACAGGAGAGAAACCUUUUUCAUGUAGUGAAUGUAAAAAAUGUUUUAUCUUGAACUCACAUCUUGUUAAACAUCAGAGAAAGCACACAGGGGAGAAACCUUUUUCAUGUAGUGAAUGUGGGAAAUGUUUUAAAGUGCGCACAAAUCUUGUUGUUCAUCAGAGAAGUCACACAGGAGAGAAACCAUUUUCAUGUAGUGAAUGUGAUAAAUGUUUUUUCUCAAACUCAUAUCUUGUUAAACAUCAGAGAAAGCACACAGGAGAGAAACCUUUUACAUGUAGUGAAUGUGAAAAAUGUUUUAUUUCGAACUCACAUCUUGUUGUACAUCAGAGAAUUCACACAGGAGAGAAACCCUUCUCAUGUAGUGAAUGUGAAAAAUGUUUUAUCUCAAACUCACAUCUUGUUAAACAUCAGAGAGAGCACACAGGAGAGAAACCAUUUUCAUGUAGAGAAUGUGGGAAAUGUUUUAAACUACGCUCAUCUCUUGUUGUACAUCAGAGAACUCACACAGGAGAGAAACCUUUUUCAUGUCCUGAAUGUGGGAAAUGUUUUAAUCGACACUCAAGCCUUGCUAGCCAUCAAAGGGUUCACACAGGAGAGAAACCUUAUUCAUGUCCUGAAUGUGGGAAAUGUUUUAAUCAACACUCAAGCCUUGCUAGCCAUCAAAGAGUUCACACAGGAGAGAAACCUUUUUCUUGUCCUGAAUGUGGGAAAUGUUUUAAUCGACAUUCAAGCCUUGCUCGCCAUCAAAGAGUUCACACAGGAGAGAAACCUUUUUCAUGUAGUGAAUGUGGGAAAUGUUUUGCUCGUAAAGGAUAUCUUGUGAAACAUCAAAAAAUUCACACAGGAGAGAAACCUUUCUCAUGUUCUGAAUGUGGGAAAUGUUUUAAUCGACACUCAAGCCUUGCUAGCCAUCAAAAAGUUCACAGAUGAGAGAAACCUUUUUCAUGUAGUGAAUGUGGGAAAUGUUUUCUCAAUAAAUCAAAUUUUGUAACACAUCAGAGAACACACACAGGAGAACAAUCGUGCUCAUGUCCUGAAUGUGAGAAAUGCUUUAGUCAUCAUGUAAAUCUUGUUUAACACCAGAGAUCUCACACAGAAUAG